GUGGGGGCCGAGUUCGGGGCUGCCGUGGGCGCCGCUCAGUCAGGGCGCUGCAUUGGCGCGGUCAUGGUGGCGCGCGAGAAUUUCAACCCAGGAAACAUCUACCUCGAGAAGCUCGAGACCUCCGAGUUGCUGCGUUGGGGUCGUCGCGGCAUUGGCAUGCUCGAGGACCUGCAGCUACAAUCGGUGCGCAUGAAAGUGCUCGAGGCGAUUGACGCGCGGCGCUCUCGACCUGUGAUCGCGCAGCUACCGCGCGCCCCGCGGGCCCCUCUGAACAGGGGCAUCAACUGGAAGGACAGGCCAGAGGCCCCCGCGUCGCCGCAGGACGGAGAGCCAUGCUUCUUGACCUUCACAGAGGACAUACUCAACAAUCAAAUACUGCGCGGCAGCCGCGCCCUCCUGGAGGACCCAGCGUUGGCGGAUUCCCGGAGGGGGGGCGCG